CACAGGAGAACAUCGCAAAAGCCCAGCGACGAGCUGUAUCGCGACUUCAAGGCCAACUUCCCCGAACUGUCCGCCGCCACCACCUCUCCAGCCUCCAGUGCACCGGCGCCGGCGCACGCUCAGGCACAGCCGCUCGCAGAAGCCCUCGAUGUCCCGCCGAAGCCGCGCUCUCUCGACACUCAGCCGCACGAUAUCAACGAUGCAGACCCCACUCCACGCCCUUCCAACGAGCCGUGGAAUUUUGGAACUUCAGGCCUCACACCAUCACUAAUGGAUCCAAACAAUCCCAACUUCAACAUGUUCGCCAACCCCAUGUCGGCCUACUACACGCCCACGCCCGGUGCCUCCAAUCCUCUCUAUCACAACCAAGCCGGCGACCUUCAUACACCCACCUUCGCCAUGGGACUGGGCACCCCUCUGUCCAUGCCCACCUCGGAAGGUGCCUUGCAUGCUGGCCAGCAGACCGCACCCUUCGAUGCCUUCCACGCACAUCUCCCGCAACACAUGCAACCUCACCAAUUCCAAAAUGUCAAUCCCUUCCACAUGCAUCAACAACAAGCCUUUCCUCCAGCGCACUUUACCCAUCAACCGUCCUUUGAGUCGAUCGAGGGCCCGGUCGGAGAAUCGCCCAUCGACGACAUGGGUCUGGACAUGGGCUUGCCACCCCAGCACCAAUCGCCGGACCUUCUAUUUCGCCCUCCAAACCUUCCAAACACGAUGCGGCCACCUCCGCUACAUCCGUCCGCCGAGAAAUUUCGAUACCAUGUCACGCUGAACGCGCCGACGGCGAUGAUCAAGCAUGCAGACGAAAUUCCCGUGACAUACCUGAAUAAGGGCCAGGCGUACACACUUAACGUCGUCGAUACCCAUGCUCAACCGACUGCACCAGCCACAAAAUACCGCACCUUUGUACGCGUAUCCUUUGAAGACGAGCAGCAACGGCAGAAGCCUGCAGCUUGCUGGCAGCUGUGGAAAGAAGGCCGCGGAACGAAUGAGGCGCAUCAAAGAGGUGGCCGUCUGCAAGCCGUCGAAUAUGUCGACUCCGGUCACAUGGGAGGUGCAGAAGAUCCCACGAAACCAAGAGUCGACCUCGAAUGCUCCUCUUUCGAUGGCUUCUGCGUGACGUGGAGUCCAGCCGCGGGCGCAUCUGAGUGCCCGAUUUCUGUUCGAUUCAACUUCUUGUCGACCGAUUUCAGCCAUUCAAAAGGCGUCAAGGGCAUUCCCGUUCGACUUUGCGCGAAGACGGAAGCCAUCGAGGAGUCGACGACGCCUACCGGUCCGGAAGUCUGCUACUGCAAAGUCAAGCUUUUCAGAGAUCAUGGCGCCGAACGAAAAUUGUCCAACGACGUGGCCCACGUCAAGAAGACCAUUGACAAACUCAACCAACAGAUUGCGCAGAUCGAAUCUGGAAUGCGCGACCUUGGCAAGCGAAAACGCGCAGGUUCCGUCGCGAAAGGCCUUGACAACCGACCUGGAAAGGUUCCGAAACACAGAAGGACCUGGUCAAUGACUUCAGGGACCUCGAACGGCGGCAGAGGCAGCGCCGAAGAAGAUUUGCACAUGAAACUCAUGACACUGCAAGAUAUGUUCACUUCUACCAGACCUGCAAGUGUGCUCUAUCUGCGCGGUGAAGAUGGUGAUGAUCCAGAUCUUCAACCGGUCAAGCUCUCGGGAGAAAUUGAGCUGGUCAGGACCGAUUCUGCAGACACGAGUUGGGAGAGAAACAGCGAUGAAAAGGGAUCCUCCGUCGUCUCGCCCACUCCAAGCAACAAUUCGUUGAUCGGCAGCAGAAAAGACUCCACGAUGCAGCAGCCGACUCCGAUCAAUGGCCCUUCACGAGUGAAUUCGAGUGAAUGGCGCAAUAAUCCCCAGACCGCGACGAUGGACAUUCAGCCCACGAUUUCGGAGCAAUUGCAAAGCCCGCCAGACAAUCAGCCUAUGAAGGUCCACACUAGAACCUCAGACGACGGCACAUCUGCUGGCUGGAUUGAGGCAGUCGGUGUGGAUCACAGCUACCGACCUCCUCCCGAAAGACCGGUCAAGCCAGUCGCAUGCUUUUUCAUCCAGCCUCGCGUGGCUGGAAAGACAUGUGACAACUACUACCGCGCCAUCUACUUGAUGAAGCGGUCACUGAAAGAGUUCAACAACACCUUGGCCAUGAAAUGCGGCAUCGAACCUACGCAGGUAUUGCGAACGUACCGCAUCAACAGGGAUGGCCUAACCGUACUUUUCGACGACGAAUGCAUCCGCGAACUCCCAGAAGGACAGGACAUGACGGCCGAAUUCUGCGAGGUCCAGCCAGACACCCCAGUAAAACCAAAGCGAGAGUGGGACGCCGGACCCACCGAUAUCCAGUGCGAUGGCGACUUGCCGACCAUCGAGAAUGUCAGCUCCACCGGUUAUGAGCUGAAGUUGCUAUUUUGA